GUCGUGCUGUACAUGUACAUGACUUGCACUCACUUGUUGGAAAUCCAGUGCAAAAUGUGAUAUAUUUUGUAGUGUUUUAAAUUUUGGCGCUUAACAAAACAUUACGAACAGUGUAUUUCCGAGCCGAAUCACAGGCACCUUGCGAAUGGGUAGGCUACAAUUUCAUGCAAAGAAACGUAAUUUUCGAAGGUUUCGGUAAUUUCAUUUUUAUUCCUUGAGCUCGGUUUUUUCUACAUAGGCGUAAGUUGCCUAUUUCUAUCGUCUCUCAUUUUUAUUGUAUUAAAUCACGCCUUAAGAACUGCAUACUAGUCAAAAAGGAACAAUUAAUAAUAUAAAUUUUUCUCUGUGCGUAUUCGUAAGCUUUACAUAAGCUUUACUUACUAUAUUUGUACUAAAAAUUUUAAAUCUGGCUACCGCCUUGGUACGUGGUUAAUUCUUAAAGAGGACCACGUGAAUUGUAAUUAUUUGCUUCAUGCAACAAAUUAAUUUUAUCGUGUCGGUACUGACAAUAUUCUCCCUGAAUUCUGUCAAUAUGUCGUUUAUAAUACGGUCGGCAUUUAUGACGUAUCUGUAACUUAUUUGCAUUUUGUGUUAAUAAAUGCCAGCAGAUGGCAGUAUGUGUCGUGCGUUUUCAGUGAGUACGGUGUAUCAACAAUAGAUGGCGACGAAAAUUUUGUCGGCCAUCUUUGUUACAGACAGUUUAUGAUUUCGGGACUUUUGGGAAAGGAAAUCCUUGAACUAAAAGUUUCCUGUUUUAACUGGAGAUUUUUUUCUGUUAGGUAUGUAACCUCUAUGUUUUUUUAUUAGUCCGUACUGCUCACAACCUGUAGACAUAGCGUAUAUUUACUAGUAAUGAUUCUCCAUGAAGGAACUAUAAUAGUCACAUCGAUCUCGAUGCAAAGAAAGAACGGAAGGAUUCCAUUUCACUAGUCUCACAACUGAGCAACUAUGUAGAAGAACACGCCGGUUUUAUGACAGAUGUUUUGAGAUACGUGAAAGAAAAAAUAAUAUGGUUGUCAGAAGACGUAGUAUGUAUUUUUUAGUGCGGUUAGGGGAAACGUUCCGCGUCUUAAUUUGUGCAUCACAUUGUAAGAUAUUUCAUAUUUACGUGACCUUAAUUCUUAUUGAAGACAAUGAAUAAGAGCCGUCGGCGACCGAGUGGAGAGCAGUUUUCAACCAUCAGAUUCACCUUUUUAUCCUAGAGCACCGCAACAGCCUGUCUCAGCAGCAUACCCAACUCAUCCCCAGUUCGAUGCUAAUUAUGGAUAUUAUUCUGUGAACCAGGAAAGCCCAUCUCAGUUUGGAGACAGCUAUGCAGCAGCAGUAAAUCCAUACCAAGCAGCAGCUCCCCACCAUGGAAUGAGUUACAACAAUCCACAGCAGUCCCUUUAUGGCUCGGCGCUGUCGCCUGCCGCCAGCGCUCAUUAUGGCUCCUCCAACCAUGGUGGGGCCCAGUAUCCAGGUGGUGGGGGCGGGGGUCAACAGUGGCCUGGUGGGCCACAGCAACAAUUGGGAAGUUCACCUACUCCAUCUCCUGCCCACACUCCCCCAGCUGCUACCGCACAGUACCACCAUCACCACCGACAGUGGCCAGCCCAAGGACCAGCGACUGGAGCCCAAGGCCCUCCUGGGUACUAUCCUCGAGGGGCUGGUCCAGGCCCUAUGCCACAACAUGCACAUGUUGGUGGUGCUUGGGCUAAAUCAGGUCAUGGUCAUGGCCAGCCUGGUGUGGGUGUUGGUGUAGGUGCUGCAGGUGCUACUGGACCCCUCUUCAGUUUACAGCUAUUGGUGAACCAAGAAAUGAACCGUGCUGCAUUAGCUUCAGCAGCUGCAGCUGGGGUUGGUGUUCCGGUUGCAGGGUCUCCAGGAGCUGGCGUUCCCCCAUCGCACCAGCACCAACAGCCAGUGCCCAGUGUUGUAGCAGAGGGAAGUGUUGAUUUAAGUGCUGACAGUUACCGCCGCCCUCUUCCUCUUACUCACAGACCACAGCAGUCACAAUUACAGCAGCAGCCCUUGCCACUUAACGGGGAGGUUAGCAAAGAUACGGUAAGUGUCAUUGCCCAGACUCCACGAAAGCUGACAAUGCCCUCUCAGCUUACCCCAAUGUCACCCGCAACACUGGAACCAAGUCGGCCAUCACCAGAAAUUACUUCUGAUAGAGGAGGUGGUGCAGCUAUCAGUGGAGACAAACACGAACCUGCAGUAGCACCUGCGACGUCAAGUCCGUCAGUUCCCAGCGUUGUUAGUGGUUCCGCUGUAAUGGCGCCUGUUGCAGCACCAGCACCAGCACCAGCACCUGCUCCAGCACACACACCAACGCCACCACCUCCUCCAGAAUCCCCUGCCAGUCGCCACUCAGAUGAUGGCCACCAAUUGCCACCACCAGGGUUGCAGCAGCAACCACAACCAAGACCAUCACCUUCACCGUCACCAGCCCCUACAUCUUCCAAAGAUCUUGGGUCAGUCUCACCUGUGCGAUCUCCGAAGAGUGGCACAAUAAAACGCACGAAGAAAGUUGAUUCAAUCCUGGAAAACCUUGUUGAGAGUGGUACCAAGAAGGGGAGUGCUCAGAGCACUAGCUCAGGUUCCGAACAUUCUCCACAAACUCCUGUCAGCACGGUUGUUGUGGCUCCUGCAUCCGUAAUUGUCUCUCCAGCAGUCACAAGUGAAGAUAGCGGUGGUGGUCGUGAUGCACAGUCCCCGUCACCCGGUGAUUCUGCUGUUCCACAGAGGCCUGCUAGUAGAGCACAUGAAGAUGGCACUACAUCACCUACAUUCAAUGGGAGCACAGAUGAAGACAAUGGCAAGCCAAGACGGAAACGGAAACUUGACAAACCUGUCAGAGUUGCAAAGACAUCCAGUGAUACGGAGAGUAAUAGUAACAGCUCAAAAGCACCAGGAUCGGAAGAUACUGUGACAGCUCCAGUUGACAUGCCUGAUAGUUCAGAGAAACUGAAAGAAGCUGUGAAAGUGGAGCCAGUGGUCUCUGAAAGUGAAACUGUAACCAAAUUGACUGGGCUACUGUCUGAUCAUUCUGAAAGUGAUAUAAAGAGGGAAGAGGACAGUAAACCUGCAGAAAAAGAAGUGACAAAAGAAGCUGUUAACAAUAUCGUAGCUGCACCCUCGGAGAAUACUGACUCUGUAGAAUCAUCUGUGAAAAGUGAAAGUGUUCCGCAAAAGAAUGAUAAUGCAGAUGACCUCCUUUCCGUUCUCAACUCCGAUAGUGUGAAAUCUGAGCCAAAAUUAGAGCCAAAAAGUACUAUAAUUGAUGUUGAAACUGAACUUGAGAAAAUGUUUGCAGGAAUUGUAGAGGAAGAUAAUAUUUCUUCAGAUACUGUCAAAGCGGAAGUUCCAUCAUCAUCUGUUACAGAUUCUUCCACAAUGGCAGCAAAGGCAUUAGAAUGUUUAAGUGGUUCUGAAAAUACUUCGCCGCCUGUGACUGCAACUCCAGCUCCACCACCACCGCCACAAGAUACAAAACCACGAGUUUCAAAACGAGGCCGGCCCAAGGGUUCACGAAAUAGUUCACAUCGUUCUUCCGAUAAUGUCCUAGGCCUCUCUUCAUCAGAGAAUACACCCAAGAAAAAGAAAAGGAAACAGGCAGGACGGGUUAGUGGGAUAAGUGACGAAGGGCUGUCAUCACACAAGAAAAAGGUGAAGCGACCAAAACUUGAAGCGGGUGCAACUUGUGACAGCCCCAUACCUUUGGCAGCCGGAAGAAGACGGGGCCGUGAUGCAAGUGGUGUUGCAACUGACAGUGGUAGUAAUGCCAGCAGUGGGAGGUCACGAGGCCCUGUGGUUCAUCUAGAAGGACCCCGUGACAGUCCCUACAGUGUUACUGUAGUUAAUGGCCCAGCUCGUUUGGAUGAUGAUGAAGGCAAUGACAGGAAAACAUCAAUAGGUUCCAGUCGUCGCAAGAAUUCAUCCUACCAUAAUGAUCUUGAGUACAGGGGUAAAGGUGGCGGUGGGCUAUUCAGCAGCACAUUGUCGGCACGAUAUGAUGCACACACUUCAGACCCAACGUGGAUUUGUGUUUUUUGUAAGAGCGGCCCACAUUCGGCACUUGGUAGCGGUGAUCUCUUUGGUCCUUAUCUCGUAUCUCGACCAGAACGAGAGUUGCCUGCAUCAGCAGAUGAGAAAGAUAUAGUUGAGGAGCAGUCACGCGGUGGCAGUGGUACACGUGGCAAACGAAGUCUUCGCACUGCACACAUGGUUGAACAUUUCCAUCAAAAAAUGUCAAAGAAGGCAAAGCGAUCACAUUCAGUUGAUGGAAGUGUUGCUGUAGCUGGAAUGACACCAGUUGGUAAGGAUGAUAGUUGCUACGAGGUGUGGACACAUGAAGAAUGUGCGGUAUGGGCAGCUGGUGUACAUUUAGUGGGUACACGUAUUGUUGGACUGCAGGAAGCUGUUUGGGGUGCUGUACGCACUACAUGUACGAAGUGUGGUGAGGGAGGUGCAAGCUUGGGUUGUGUACGUAGAGGCUGUGACCUGAGGGCUCAUUAUGGCUGUGCUCAGGACAUGAGUUGGUUAUUGGAAGAGGAAAAUUACAUUGCCAAGUGCACACAGCACAAGGGUGGAGUUUCCUCUUCAGAAAACGUUCUUCCAACUUAAUUGCAGGUACCAAAGUGUAAAUUCAACUUGAUGUACCUGGGUUCAAGAUGAAUGUUGUAGAAUGAAAAACACCAAGUGUAAAUGGAGCACUCCAGAUUAGUGAAACUGUUGUUCCUCAUACUGUUUAUGUAAUAUUUUGAGUCAUUACAUAACUACAGGCAUCAGUGUUUCAAAGGAUUACUCUCCACAUGUGUCCUUUUACAAUUAACUGAACAGUGGAACUGCACAGAAAGUGUGUGUGUGUGUUGAGUGUUCGUUAUUACACGUCUGUCUGUCUACUGUCUUACGAGAUUUAUUGUGCGCCUUCUGAGUUAAAAUGAUUCUGAAAAAUGUGGAGAAAAGUAAAUGUAAUCUUCUGCAAUAUUGGUCUAUAAGAACGAUUCUUACAUUAUUUUUGUAGGUGGAGUGAAGUAAAGAUAAAAUGUAAUUCAUGUACAUAUAUACUAAGUUCAUUUGGUAUACAUCCUUUUAGUUUUAAAUGUGUUUCCUUAAAUUCAGUACUUCUGUUGGGCAUUUGUUCAGAACAUUAAUUUCUAAUAAAGUAUGCUUGACAACUAUUGCCAGUUGUAGACCAGUUUUAAAAAAUAUGUGGUGAAGCUUAUGUUAGUGGAUGUUUGUGUCAUAGUUUACAUACAAAAUUAUUUUAUUUCUGAAUGUAUUUGCAUAAAUGUAAUGCAUAUACUUUUAUAUUUCCUACUUAAAGAUGUAGUAUAUGAUCUAGUCUCAUAAUUGUGUUAAUUAUCAGAGAAUAUUAAUUAAACUGUGUUCUACUUUUGUGUGUCGUUACAGAUUAUGGAACUAUUUGUAUUUUCCACAGAUAUUUUCUAGUUAGUGCAGUUAUUUUUCCUUUUAUGUAAUUAAGUCAAUUUUAUUCGUACAUUAAAAUAUACAAAAUAUCCUAGACAUGAUAAAACAGAACUACAUAAUGACCAAAGUUGUGGAAGAACGUUGCAGAAGACUUUUUAAAAAAACUUGCAUUUUAUCUUUAAGUUUAGUUUAUAUGUUGAGGAUGAGGCUAUCUACUCUUUUUACUCUUUAAAACUGUUUUAUUUGGAAAGUAUAUAUAUCCUGCUAUGUUGGAUAAAGUGAGUUUAUACAUUGUUUUAAUUUUCAAAGGCUGAGUUUAAUCUUAAAACUAUAUUAUACAGGGAAAUAAGUAUACUUUGUCAUUUUGUACUUAACAGUUUUUUUCCUCUUCAACAGGAAAAAGAGUACUGUCUUACAGAAACAUCACUAAUUCUCAGGCUUGCGUGCUUCAGCAAUAAAAUGUUGAAACAUAA